CUUUCUUUCUUUUUCUUUUUUUUUUAUCCCUUUUCAUAUAACUCAUGACUCAUGCUUCCAUUGAACAAUUACUUCAACAACUUAUUAAAAAUAUCACCGGUUUAAAUGAAGAUUCAGCCAUGUUGGAUUCAACUUUGAAACAUGCUCAAACUACUCUCUAUAAACAUAAAUCAACAAGCACCGAAGAACACAUUAUUGAUGAAAUAUAUACAAACCUUGCCGACAAGUUUAUGAUCAAAGGUUACGAUGAAUUGGCAGAUGAUCUUACCAAUGCAAAGACUGAAUAUCUGAACAAACUGAAUCAUGCUUCAGCUCCACAACGUAUUCUUGCUUAUGAUAUGCUAUCUCUCUUACUGGCAUUAUCUGACUCACCUUUGGAUCCUUCUAUUGAAAGAAAACGACAGCUAAGGGAUGUGAAAGAACAAAGGAUCAGAAAUUGGGAUGAUGUAAUACGUGAAGAAGCCCUGAACGGCCCGCACUGGCGAACUUGGGACGACAUUUCUUCCGAUGAUGAUGAUGAGGACUGGGAUAAUGAAAUGGAUUAUAGCUUUUCAACUAUAUCAAAACCUAUCCAAACAGCUCCAUCACAUCCACCAAACAUGAAUGAUAAGAUAGAUCGAAAACGGAUCCAGUCAACACGGUACACCUCUUUGGAAAUAGAUGGUAGUAAUCGACUAGAACGUUUGAAUCAUCGACAAUAUUGGAACAAAAACGUAGAAAAAGAUGCUGAUAACAUAGAGGAAUAUGCACCGCCUGAUUCUAUACUACACAACGCUGGACAGCUCAAUAUUGCAUUACACAAGGUCAAUGGUCCAUCGGAACUGAAAAAAAGGUGUCAUUUUAUCGAGGAAAUAGAUGCAAUGCGUGAAAUUUUAUUCUUAUUGUAUGGUUAUGAAACGAUUCUUUUCAAACGAUCUACAAACAAGGACGGAAAGUUGAUGGAUUCAGUAUUUUACUUUGAUAAUAAAUAUUCUAUCAAUCAUCUCAGCGAUCAAUCAUUCAAGUCUAUAAUGGACAUGUUUUGUGAACAUGGCAACAUUCUGUACAAAUUAAGGCGUCAUGUGAAAAAAUCUGUAUUUGUCAGAAGAAAUGGUCAAACAUAUCAGUCUUUUUUGAUGUCCAUUUCCGAUGCUCUAGAUGAUUUUGAAAGGUUACUGGCUGAACUGGAAACAAAACUGACAAGAAGAUCCACUUUUGAUUCUCAAGAUACAAUAUCUCUUCUUCAACUACAAGAAAAACUACAACAACCUUUAUCUUGUCUCAACUCUAUCUAUGAUACAAUCACUGAAUGCUCAAAAUUUGUGUCAUCAACAUUAUCAUCAACCAAUGCUCGGUCGAUGGCGACCUUCCUAUUGUCUACAUUAUUCAAUCAAGUGGUAGGAGCACAAAUGCAAGGCAACCAUCACAUUUAUAAGGCAAUGCUUUCUAUCUUUGAACAAACUUUGGCACCAUAUAGUCGUUUAUUGGAUGAUUGGAUCCAAAAUGGUAGCUUACAGGGUGAUGUAGCAGGUGAACUCUUUGUCAAAAGAAAUGAGAACAUCAACGAAAAAAGUCAUCUCUAUUGGUCUCAGGGAUUCUGUAUCGAUGGUAUUGAAUUGGUGACUCCUGAUUGUCCUUUAUUCACCUUUCAUUUUACAAAUCGUCUCCUGUUUGUUGGAAAAACUAUCAAUCUUAUCAACAAAAUCAAUCCUGAUAAUGACUCAUCUAUUAUAAAACAUCAUUGUUUAUAUACCUUCAUCUGUCAACACUUAAAAUAUCCGUUAAAUGUAUCUGACAAUCGUCCAAGAUUAAAUUCUAUCAAUUAUCAUCACUCACGACCACCCAAUUGUCAAGCAACCACCAAUCCAUUCCUUUUAUAUGGUGUACCGACUUUGAACCAGAAACUGGAAAGUAUCUCUGAAACUAAAGUCAAUCCAACUAUUCAACCAUCCAACAAUACUUUUCUUUUUGAAUACCAACUUGAAGAAUGUUUACAAAUGUAUAUAGACUCUCCAUAUCAAGAAGCAACAAAAACACUACUUAAUGCUUUGCAACAACAUGAAACAACGACUUUCCAUUUAGGGGCACUCUCAACCAUAUUUCUGAUGCAAAACAACGAUCUGAUGCAUACAUUUUGUGAAAUUAUCUUUGUACAGAUGGAUAUGAAGCAACCUUGGUGCGAUCAUGGAUACAUUAACCAAGCUUUUAUUGAUGCAUGCAGGCUGACUCAAUAUAAACAAGAUAUGACUUUGGUCAAUAUCAAAGUGGAUUUGAAUAAAGAUGACUUGAACCAACCUCGAAAAACAUCUUUGCUAUCUGAGAUCAAGGUGAUGACGACUGCGACAUAUUUGGACCAACUCAAUAUAGAUUAUCAGAUUCCGUGGCCAAUAAACAAUUUUAUCAAACCUUAUUGUUUGGCAGAUUACAACAAAUUGAUGCAGUUGCUACUUAGGAUCAAGCGUGCCAAGUAUGUAUUGGAAAAGAGGACUUUAUGGAACUGCAAAGGAGAAAAGAUGUCAACUCUAUCAAUAGCAAGAGAAACUCAAAAUGGAUAUAUCACAAGACUUUAUGCUUUACGUAUGCGUAUGAUCUGGUUUGUUAAUGCAUUCUGGAGAUAUACUAUGACCACGGUGUUACACGCCGAUACAACACGGUUCAUGGAUAACCUAGCUAAUAUACAAGAUGCUGAUGAUAUACCUCUCCUUCAUGAACGGUACUUGGGACAAAUCAUCGAUAAAUGUUUACUCAAUACAAAGUCUGUGUCGAUUAAGAAAGCAAUCAUUCAUAUUCUAGACAUGGUUGAACAAUUGGCUGAUCUUUUUAUGGACUUGGAUAUCUCUACUUUCGAGUCUUUGGACAUUCUUGAAAAGGAUUAUAUGCGUACCAGUGAAUUUAUUACUACAAGUAUCUCGAUCAUGGGUAGAAAAGGCAAUUUGGAAUGGUUUGAUCUUCUUUCAGCAUCUUUAUCUGUGUAAUUCUAUUCUUAUUAUCCCUCAAUAUUCAUCUUUAUUAGUCUAUGUACUAUACAUCACCUCAUACAUAUGAUACCCC